AAUGAUCGUAUUCCCGGGAAAGCGGCCGUCACGAACAGUGAAAUUUCUAACUAGGAGUUCUAAUAGCUCGAUUUAACGAUUAUUCCUUCGAAAACUUUUUAUUGAACGGACCGGAAAUCGACUUUUCAGGUUUGAAAAUAAUUAUGAAGAAAAUUAUCCAAUAUUAAGGUCAUAGUGAAUGUAUCAUAAGGGCGAUAAUAUAAUGUAAAAUUUCUUUUAUCUCUUUUUAAAAGCCAUCUAAGAGGACAAAGGAAAAAAUGUACUCUAUUCUUUUUUUUUUCAUUACAAAUAUGCCAAGUCGGUUGUCCGAUGAACGCCAGUGACGAUGAACGAAACGGCGCAGCUAGUUUGAAACCAAAACCGACUAUUAGAUGCACGGGUUGCGCUAGCGCGACGGAUUUACGUCAAAUAGGCCGUACCCAACCGGCAGAAAAAAGAGAAUCACAGGACGAUACAGUGGUGAGGAGACGACCUACAAAACUGAAUACAUCAUCGAAUAUUAGGUAUUCAAUGAAUAUUAGCGAAAACGCCCGGCUUGAUUUUUUUGUCGAGAAAAAUGUAUUAGAGCAGGUGGCUGAUGGACUGCCAUCAGCCUCUACCUGCUCCCUAUUGGAAACUAUAUCCCUAUUGGAUUCACCCGCCGUACAAAAUAGCAACUGCAGUGACUGUGGUCAAAGUGCACCAAGCGAUACACCCGCUAUUGCUCCAUCGACGCCGGCUAAAACCGUUGAAGAAAAAGAAAUGGCUCGUAGAUGUUCGGUUCAGGAGAGGAAUGAACGAGUUUUAAAAUGGCUGGACGGCAUGGAAGAAUCACAAAGCUGAUGGUUUUUUUUGUACCCUUUCUUCUUCCUGCAACUCUAUCGACUGUAUAAUCUGAAAAAAUUAAUAUUUAAAAAAACAAAAGCCUAUGUAUCAACUAAUAAAAAAUUACGUAAUACAUUUAUAAAGUAAAUAAAAUAAAUUCCCGGAUAAAAAUCAGAAGAGCAAUACUUUUCGUAACGAAAAGUAUAUUGCGUAAUUUUCAUAUUUUACAUGGAAAAAUUUUUU